AUGGGUGUUACCACUUUCGCUGAUGAGCAAACUUGUCCAGUCGCCCCAUCGAGGAUCUUCAAAGCUUCUAUUGUUGACUCUCACAACUUGAUCCCGAAGCUCAUCCCACAAGCUAUUAAAAGCAUUGAAUUCGUCCAAGGCAACAGAGGAACAGGAAGUAUCAACCAUAUCUACUUUGCUGAAGGCAUUGAGGUAAAAUUUGAGGCAUCACCCAAUGGGGGCUCUACUACCUCUAAGGUUACAAGCAAGUAUUUCACUAAAGGUGAUUUUGUGCUUAAAGAAGAGGAUAUCAAUGCAGGAAAAGAAAGGAUUGGCAUGUACAAUGUUGUGGAAGCUCAUCUUCUCCAGAACCCAGAUGCUUGUGCUUGA